CGAAAUCGGGCGGGGUCAUUUAAGACCAUGUGAACAACCCUUGGUCCAAAGUGUUAAUGGAUCUCAUUGAUUGGAUAAAAUAGAAGCUGUCUACAAAAAAUGGGUAACGUGCGGUAAUGAGGAAAGAGUGGUUGAAUAGUGUUUGUGAUAACAUUAGGUAGCGCUUACUGGUAUAAAACAAAACGUUCCCACUACGUCUCAACAAAACUUCUCUAGCGCUCUAUCCUACAGCUUGUCUUAGCUUUAUCGCUGUUAUACUGAUAGAAGGACAUCUAUAGUUUGGACUUAGAAUAUUAUUCGGUUUUAUUCGACGUACCUGUCACGAGGUGUUGGGAGACAUUUGAGUUGAUUUUAAGACGAGGAAGCCUGUGUGGGGAUUACUGAUAAUUUGUUGGAAGAACGGAGAAACGGGGAAAGAAUUAAUUUCUAGUUUAUAAUUCUAUAACAAUUUAACAUGUUGUCGACCAUUUUCAUCGUUUCUCUACUUGUAUUAAAGGUGUUAUGUGCGUCUCGAGAUAAAUAUUCAACUGGUGAAGAUGCCGAUAGAUUGUGUAAAGCCUACAAGAAAGUAUGUCCUGUGGGAAAAGUCUGCGUUAUACAAAACCUGUAUUGGCCAAGAAAAAUGGCGUUCCCAGUCUGUGUUCAUGAACGAGAGGUACCCGCCAAGUCUAAGAUCUGCGAGUUGCCACCAUCACCGGGUGGAUGUGCGGCCAGAUUCAGUCGUUGGUAUUUCAACGUUCACACGAAGGAGUGCUCUCCCCUUACUUACAGUGGUUGCGAGGGAAAUCUGAAUAAUUUCUACUCGAAAGAAAAAUGUGAGGAGAUUUGUGAAGUCAGUUUCACACCCGACGGCAUCCCACCGGAAAGCAUCUCACCGGAGACCACCACCCCGGAAAUCGCUCCACCGGAAAUUGUAAACAUUGGAGUCAACUCUGAUAGGAAUACCCCCGAUGUAAUGGCCGCUCCUGCACCUUUGCGAUUACAGACGGCUGACUUGCGACAGGCACUAGAAUUAGAAGAAAGCGAAAAGGCUGAAAUGGAAACCACCCGUAAGUUACGUAGAAAACACAGACGAGGACAAAGAAAGAUUAAUGGACAACGACGACGACGACGACGAAGACAAAGAAAACACAGACGUUACGGAACAUCAUCUGAUCGAUUUGGAGAAUUGCGCGGACGAAAGACAUCUUUCCUCUCGGCACCUACAGCGAAUAAUUCUAACAGCAAUGGUUCUAAGUUCUUAUUGCGCAAACUAAGGAGGAGGCAGCGAAAAUUGGCAAACGCACGACGUUAUUCGGGUUAUGAUGGAUACUACGACAAAAUCAGACUGUUUACACUUUUGGGUGGUGGUCAUCACAAGAGAGCAAAUACACAAGCAUAAACUAUUUCAAAAUAAGAAAUAUACACGGACAUACGGGUUUAAUGAAAAUUUAAACCCAAUAUUAACAAAGCUAUAAAUUCUGUCCAAUAUAUGCAAUAAAAUCAGCAUUAACUGAUCAAUUUCUAUUUCACGAGAUCAUUUUGUGAACCUCAAAACUCAAAGCUGCCAUAUUUAGAAACACUUGGAAUUUAGUGACGCUUUGGGCGGGUUUUAUUAUUUCAAGUGUGUUGAUUGGUGACAAUAUAGAUAACUAACCAAUGGCGUCUUUCUAUGACGUAGUGGAUUCGUGGAUAUAAUGCUAUACAGCUGAAGGGUUUAGAAUAUUCAUGCUGUGUAAUGGAAACUAAUGAACUAAGCUAAAGGACAACUACAGUCGAUGUAUUUUGUUAUAAUUUCAUGUCGUAUUACUUUCAAUCUUGCAAGAACAUAAGACUAAUUUUUGUGGUCUUUAUUUUAAAAAAAAUAUUAGUUAGCCCGCUUUUUGACGAUUAUCCCAGCCUCGUAAUCCGGGCUGAUUUUAGCCGCCGGCACUCAUUUAAAACUAACUAGAUAUGCCUAAUGAGAGGGGCCUAAUAUAGGUUAUGCCUGUUUCCCAAUGCCUGUUUAGAUACAAAUCUGAAUAAAAUAUUGUUUGAAAAAAAAAAGAAAUGAUCAAUGAGCAAAAUAUUAAAAACCUGCAACGACUGUAGUUGUCUUUUAAAUAUACUAUAUUGACUAUGUUAUUCAGGUGUUUUAAAUUAUGAUAUGAGAGGGUGUGUUAAUUUAAUUGAACACGACACGAGAAGAAAAUAACAUCAUGUGUUGUAAAUCAUGUAUAUAUUGUAUAAUUAUUGUAUAUAUUUAAAUAUAUCCAUUUAUUGUCGUAUUAGGCCAUAAACUAAUUACCCGCGUUUACGGUUACCCGAAAGACCCUAUUUUUCUUAGCAGAAAUCGUCGACCCUAAAUUUUUCUUUCUCAUUUCCUAGGUCCUAUAAAUCGGUCUUGGCAUGGUUUUCUACAUAUACACUGAACUUUCUGUAUUAUAACAAUCCCAAUCGAAAUUAUUCUACAGAACCUUACUCAGUCAUUAAACAUGCAUUAUGCAAGAGCUAAAUCUGCCUAUUGCAGGUCUUUCUUAAGGCCUGAAAUGUUUUCUAAAGUAUUAAUUAGACAUUAAUUAACUCAUCCAGGCCUUAAUCAACUCUCGAUGGUAUCAGAUUUCUCCGAUAUUAAAUAGAUUAGAAUGGUUCAGCAAUACUUUGAUUUAAUCAAAUAUGGAGGACCGAGACUUAGCUUCGAUCAACCAGUACGGUGGUUGAAAUUAUUGCACACGUCUGUCAAACCUUCAAAGGCUAAUUUCUCCGCUUGCAAUAGAGUAAUUUGAAUGAAAUUUUCAAAUUAUUCAUUUUACAUCAUCUACUUUCGAACUAUUAUAGCAAGAAUGGCUAGUUCUUUAUCUAAAUCUUACAUAAUGUAUCCUUAAGCUAGAAAUGCUAGGAGAUAAAUCGUAAACGGUAUUAAAAAUGACACAGCAAAGACAAUAGAUUUCAAGUAUCGAUGUAGUUUGUUAAAAAAAUUAAUGUAUUAGUUUACUUAGUUCUAUCCAAUCUUUAACCCACAAACCCACAAGAACAAGAUUUGCCGACCGACCGACCUUAUUCUUUGUGGCCACGUAAUCGUAAACACAGGUAUUUUUGUUUAUUUGGCCUUACAUAAUAAUAUGUAUUUAUAUAGAUUUGUAUUUAUCUUACAUUUGUGUUUCAUGUCAUUAUUAUGUACAAUCGUCGUCAUAUGCAUUGUUAUUGAUGAAUAAAUCUUUACAGGAAGUCACGCCAUUUUAAAAGAAAUUUUGAGAUUGCUUAGGUAAGCAUGCAUAGCUAUUGAUUAAAGUUUUACAGGAAGUCAUGCCAUUUUAAAAGAAAUAUCUUAGCAAGACUGCUCUCCGAUUGAUAAGGUACAAUUAUCCUCAAGUUUCGUUUUAAUGGUUGAAUCGUAGACUUCCGUAUAUUUGUAACCCUUCACAAAUCAAUUUUAUCAGUUAUUUUAAGGUUUAAAUUUAGGGAUUUUGUAAAUACUGAAAGGUCAUUGUUAGCGAUUUGAAAUAAUUUAUUCUCGUUCGUAUCUUUUAAACAAGUUUUAAAAAUAUUUACUUUUUAUUUUGUAAAUAUCUUGUUAUGCCUAUACAUGUAUUGAUAUAUAUAUAUGUACACGCAAGUAUAUAUGAAGCAUCUGUAUGUAGGCCUAUACCAAUACCAAAAAAGAAAGGUUAAAUUAAAUUCCACACGGACACCUAGAUAGUUUCUAUCACCUCCAACAUAGCCGGGAAAAACCGAGGCCCCGUAUACACAUUGGCGUGCGAGUAAAAGAACCCAUGACAGUGGGAAUUCGAAAUAAGAGUAGGCCGUAGGUAGGACGCUACCCCCCCCCCCCCCCCCCCAUUUCAUUAUAGCCGACAUCUUAAUGCAGGCAAUGUUGCGCCACCGGAAGCGGAGGGGCCCACAAUUCCUUGGGCGUAAUAGCCUACGAGGUCAUUACGCGACGAGAUAUUCAACAUUUUGACUGUUAAUUAGUUUCGGGCAGUUUAAAACGAAAUUCCUCCGCUGGUUGAAAUAUGGAUUUUGUAUCUAGAAAACAUAUGGUGCAUAUUUGAUAACCGAAGCUACCAAUAUGGCAGAUGGGGAAAUCGCCAUUCUCAGCGACACACGCGCAGGGGUCAUAAAAUAGCCAAAGUGUCGCUGCCGUGAUUUGAUAAUAAAUCCAUUGCAUUUCUUUUUUUAAAAAAAAUCUAGCUUUAAGCAGUGUAGUUACUUGGUCUUGUUACUAAGUGGAAGCCACGGGGGCUCAGCAUAAAGUACUCGGGGAGCUACUGUGGCUAAGUGAGUAAGACACUGGCUCGCUAGCCUGGAGGUCGCAAGUUCGCUCCCCGUGUUGGGAAUUUCCGGCGUGGUUUCUCCUUGUCAAUGGUGCUGAACGGAGGGCUUGACAAGAACAGUCAUUUGGAUGGGACGAAAAACCGAGGUCCCGUGUACAUAUUGGCGUGCACGUAAAUGAUCCCUUGGCAGUUGGAAUUUGACCUAAGAGUAGGCCUAAGCGCCGCAAUCUGGGCAAAAUUUCCCUCAUAGCACAAUCUAUGGCGUAUGCCCGUCUUCAUUAGCCGAGUGGCAGCAGAACAGUAGGACGUUAAACCCCAUUUAAUUUCAUGUAAAGUACUCACUUACAAACUUAGAGAUCCCACACUCGAUCCUAGUAUAGAUAAGAAGUUCCGCGGGAUACAAUUUAUUGUACUUACGUAUCGUGAUUAAUUAAGUCAGUACAUGGUCGUGCUUGUCUCGUAAAAUAGUUUCUUUUCUUUUCACGACCGUAAAGAUAGAGGAUAUGAUGAGGCUAGGGUGAAUGUCAUACUAUAACGAACCCCACGGCAAAGCUAAUAAAUGAGGUAAAGCCAAAAAAAAAUUCCAAAAGUUAAUCCUCGUAUUAUCUACUUGUUUUGUGUGGAAGUUAAAACCCAAUCUCCUUGUAAACUUAAAUGAUAUAGAUUUAUAAUUAUUAUUAUUAGCCUUAAAUAUGUAAAUAAAACUCUGUACAUUACAAUCGAUUUUAUAUAUAUGGCAUAAUAUUUUGUAUAUUGAUAUUAUGUCUACAAUAAAUGUUAAAAUCAAUUUAAAA